AUGGUUAAAUCACAAGAAUGUUCAUCCUAACUCAAGCACACCAAGAAGUAUCAAAAAAUAGAUCGAGACUAACGCAGAAUAGUCCUAGACUUAUUACUAAAAGAAAAAUUAUCCCUUUAAGAGGUAUUCUCCAUAUUCCUUAAAUUCCUUAUCUAAAUACCACUAUAUAUUGCAUUUUUGACGAUUCAUUUCUAGGUAGCCAACAGACUUCAUUUAAAGUACUGUACAGUCAGAACAAUUCAAAAAGCAUUCGAACAGGACGGUCGUAUUGGAAAGAAAGAAACCAGGAAAAAGAAACUGAAAGUUGAGAGCAUUGUUAGAGUGUCGGUCUUGAAUCCCCUCACUCUCCAAGUUCAACCAUUGUGUGUGCAAUCUGAAACCACUCAAAUCUAUGUGGAUAAGCAGCCCACUCACGAGGAUCAAUUAAAUAUAGCAAAUGAACAGAAAUAACUCAUAUCAUCCCAAUAUCAGAAGCUGACCCAGGCUCUAACUUAAGAAAUUAAAAAUACUAAUUUAGCCUCACAAUCACUCAUACAAAACAUGUUGCUCUCCUCUUAGAUAGUGUUCAAACAAAUUCUAGACUUUAAGCCUUAAAUUUAAGCUCAAAAGGAAUUUGAUUCAGUAUCGACAAGUCCCUACCCUUUCUAACAAAUCUAAUCAUACCCUUACUUUUACCCUUUGCCUCACUCUUUUCUCAGAAUUUGAUGAGAUAUUAUGUAUUCAUUUCUGAUCUCAAUCUCCAAUUAGAAAAA